AUGGAAGUAGGAAAGAUAAUGAUGAUGAUGCAAAACUAAUAAUAAUAAAAUAACUUAGAUAUAUAGGAGGGAGAUAAAGUAUAUUCAUAAAGGAAGUUACCAACUAUAAAUUCAUAGCCGAAUAUAUAAAAUGUAACAGGAUAAUAACUCAAUAAGGUUGGAUUUUAAAAUCAAUAAAGUUUAAAUACUAGCAACAGUAUUACACAGAUAAGGGUAUCAGAUUUAAAGUAACUUGAAAAAAAUAUCGAAUAAGAAAAAAGGGAAUUUUUGAACAUGACAAAAAUUAAGAUUACUAAAUCUAAGAACCCUCAAAUAAACAUUUAAAGAGGAAAGAGCUAGGAUUCUAACUAGAGAAGUUUAAAAUAAAAUAAUGUGGGAAUUUAGUAAUAUAAUUAUAAUUAAGAAAGUUAAUUUGAUGGGGAUGAUUAGUUCGAAAAUAAUUAGUAGCCUACAGAAUCAAUAUCAGGGGUUGCUACUUAUAGAGACAACACUUAUUUUUAUAAAUAAAGAAGUGGUUCUUCUUAAAAACUAAGAAAUGGAUUUAAUACGAAAACUAAUUUUGCAACUACACUAAAAAAGGAAAACUAUAAUAGCAUUUCUAACAAAACUCUUAAUUCUACUAUAGGUGGAGGAGUUUACAACUUAUAAAGUGACAGUAUAAAAGAUGUUAAUAGUGAUUAAAGUAUGAAUUUAGAUAACUAUUUAAAGUAAGAAGGUUUUAAAUCCAAUGCAAUGCUAAAUAAUUACUAAAGUGGAACUCAGUAGUUAUUCAUAAGCAAAGGAUCUUCGCCAUAAUUGAUUUAUGAAGCUCUCCCUUUGCAUAUAAGAGAGUUUUUUUAAAAUAAAAAGGAUUUUAUGAAGAGCUUUGAAGAAUAUGAUUUGACUAACAAGUGCCUUUACGAAGUUAAUCAAAGAGUGAGAUGCUAUAGAUACGAAUUAGGGUGUUUGAUUGAUAAAAUUUAAAAUAGCUUCUACAAAAUAUAUGAAAAAACUCUCGAUCUUAGUAUUAAGUUAUACAAUGAGAAUAAAAAAAAGUUUGAAACGCAAAUAAAAGAAAAUUUAGCUAAUAUUGAAAGAUAAGAGAGAGAAAAGAGGGACAUUGAAUCAACAAAUAGGGAUUUGAAAAAUAGAUAUGUAGUCCAAGAAUCAUUAUUUAAAAUAACUAAGAUAAAUCACGAUUCACUUUAAUCAGAAGUACUCCUUUUGCAUGAUUUACUUAAAAGGGAUAUUUUACAUAAAAUAAAUCACAUUGGAAAUUUAGAAAACCAACAAAAUAAAAUAUUUAACUAAAAAGAUGAUCCAAGUGACAAAAUGGCUUAAGGCUUGAAUAACUUAAAUCACCUUAUAACAAAUCUGCAGGGGGAAUAAGGAAUGAAGGAUAAUAUGAUGAGUUAAAUGAGUGGCCUAGUAAAGGCUAUGCUUAAAGGAUCUAAAUCUGAUGCCUUUACUUAAGUAGAUGAAGGUGAACUUGUUUGGCUCCCUUAAGAAAUUUUAGGCAAUAAAAAGAAAGUUACUUUACCCUCAGUUUUAGAGGCAGAAGUGAGUUCUAUAAAUAUUCUAAAUCUUUAUAGUAAUCCUAUGUAUGCAAAUAAAGAAGAAUUAAACAAUAGGACGAAUGUUGAAUAACUAAAGCUAAGAGAAAAUGAAAUAAACCAACAGACGUCAAAGAAAGGAAAUAAUAUGGGAACAGAUAACUGGAAUUUGACAAUUAAUUUAAUUGUGUUUAUUGAGAAUGUAACAAAAAAAAAUGAAAACGGAAGAGUUAUUCCUUGGUUGCAUUUUAAAAAUUUGGUUUUUGAAAUAUAUGAAGACCGUAUAAAGAGUAACUGGGAAGUUAAUGGAUCUAUGCUCUCUACAGGUAUUCCAUUUGACGAAUAUUUGUGCAUGUUUUUCUUAAAGCAAUAAAAGUAAAGAAGAUUAGCAGAAAUAAGAUUAUUUGAAUUUUUGAUUUCGUUGCGUUAUUACAUGAAAAACCAUACUAGAGCUAUGACAUUUGCCCUUUUAUGUAAUGUUUCCCAGCUUUCAGGCUCGUCGGGUGAUAAUUUCACAUUUAAAUUUGAUAUUUACAUACAAUAUUUUUUCCUUUUCGCAUUCAAAAGAUUGAAUGAGCACAAAAAGCAAUUUAUAGAAUAAGAUGGCUUUACUUAUUUACCUAAAGAUUUCUUACCAGAAUUACUUAGAGAUGUUCUUAUAUUUAUUACAGAAGGAGCAAGAUAGAAAAUUCUUACAAGAGUAGGAAAAGCUUGCUUAAAAUUAAAUGAUGACUAAGAAGUUAUUGAAGUUGAUAAAAUACUGGAUGUUUACCUUGAAGAAUAUAUAGAAGGCAAGAAAAAAUUGAUUAGGAAUUUAACUAAAAACUACUCCAAAAUAUAUGAAAGUGAUCAUGGAAUGUUUACAAUUGAUGAUUUAAUUGGAGUAAUUAAAGAAAGUGUAGAUAGCAAUUCUUAAUCAUCUUCCUUUAGAUAUCCGAGCAUUACUUACUACACAAGAGUAUUCUUACAUUCUCUAACUUCGACAUCAAAUAAGUUCGAUGUCUCGCCAAAAGAAUUUUUAGCAGCAUGUUCUAAAUUUGGAAUAGACUGCCCUUUUCCUUUUAUUAAACUGUCAGCAAAUUCUGACAAAGAUGAUGAUGAAGAAGAAAUUCUACGCAGACACAAGAUAAAAACAGAUGAGCAAAACAAAGAAGGUGGAGAAAAUGAGGGCAAAGAAAAAUAAAAUGUUUCAAGAAAAAAAUCUAACAAGAGUAUUGGAGAUAUUAAUCAAUUAAAUGGUGAAAAUAAUAAUAAUGCAAAUGCUGAUGUUGUCUCUUCUAAAAAUCAAAUUAAAAUAGAUUCUACAUCAGCAUUGUUUGCUUAACAUUUUAGCAUUUUGAGAGAAAUGCGUUUAUAUUGCAAAAAUUUUAAAGAAAGCUAUAGUAAGGAAGAAGACAAAGAAGUACUUUGGACAUAAUUUGGUAAUAUCUUAAAUAUAUUGGAGGCUGGUUGCUAAUUUUUAAAUUUUCCUAUAAACAUAUGA